UUGCUUCCCUUCUAGGCUGAUUCUGACUCUGGAGGAAAAGAACCUGUGCCUCAGAACACUGGAAGAACAGAACAUGGCACUGAACAAUCAUGUCUCUCAGUGUCAUUCUGCUCUUCAGCAGGCCAACCAGCUCUCUACAAACCGCGCUGGACAACUGCAGGUGCUCAACACCCAGAUCCGGGCCCUGCAGGAUGCAGUGCUGCAGAUGGAGGCUUCCCAGGCAACUCGAGAGAAGCAGCUGCUGAAGGAGCUGGAGGAGUCUCGAGCAGGAGAACGCUGCUUGAGGGACUCUGUGCAUGUGCUGGAGGCUGAGGUGUCUGAGCUGCGUGUGAAGCUGCAGAGCUCUGAUGACAAAGCUCUUGCCUUGGCCAUACAGUGUAAGGCUCUGGAGCUGGAGCUGAGGAAGACACAGACUGAGAGAGACAACCUCAGAGCCUGCAACAUGGAGCUGCAGAAGGUGUUGGAGAAAAGUGAGCAAGAUUUCUGGAAGGCAGAAGUCAAGCACAUUUCUCGAGAAACUGCCCUGCAGAAAGAGGCCACGGAAAGGCAGGAAGAGGCUGUGACUCUUCUUCAGGAGGUGGCAUCUCUGAAGCGGAAAUUAGAAAACCUGGAGAAGGAAAGGAAGGAUGUGCUGCAUGAACAGGAAUUGUACCAGCAGCACAUGAGAUAUCUGGGAAAGAAGAAUGAAAUACAUGCACUUGACAUGCCAAAUCAACAGAAAAUAAUGCAACAAUUGAACACUGAAAAGGAAACCAAGCAAGAAGAUUUGGGGCAUGGGUCCGCUGCUUUGAAGGAAGGAAGAGGGGGAACACUGAGUGCUGCACUGACCAAGUGUAAAAUUGCCAAAGGGGCUCUGAAGAAUCGCUUGGCAUUCCUGAAGGGAAAGUCUUGUAUCCAGGCAGGCACUGGCAUUGAUCUUCAUUCCACUGCAACAUGCCUGAAUUAUUCCAGAGAUGUUUCCCAUCAAGAGCAGGCUUUUGGAGCACAAGAGGAGCAGCUGUUUUGUGGCUCAGGGACCAGCCUGGAAUCAAACAAAGUGGUUGCAUCAGCAGAGGAGAAGAGAGAGAGACCUGAAUUAUCCACUGUGCCCUGGAGAAGUGGCGAGCAGCAGGCUCUUGGAGCACAAGAGGAGCAGCUGUUUCGUGGCUCAGGGACCAGCCUGGAACCUAAGGAGCCAGUUGCAUCAGCAGAGGAGGAAAAGAGAGAGAGGCCUGAAUUCUCCACUGUGCCCAGGAGAAGUGGCGAGCAGGUGGAACCUGACAGGAGAAUCAGAGCUUUUAGGAGAAUGUUCCUCCCAGACUACUUCAUAUUCCCUGUCCACGAGUCUGCCCAUCGAAAUUGGUCAACUUUUGAAAUAGAAGACUCCUUCAGUAGCUCAGGGGAGCAGCAGCCCUCGUGCUGAUGCACAGCCUGUGGAGAAGAGGGUGUCCCUGCUGCAGUCACAGCUGGCCCAAGACCGACAGCACCACCUGGAGAGCUGUGCAGGGAGCAGGCAGGAGACACAAGGUGCAGAAGGGACCUCCUUGCUUCCUGAACAUCUCAGAGAGGAGCCAGCUGGAUGCAGUUUUAGACGUAGGCAGUAGUUUAUGUUUAAAGGUGGUAUAGUAUAGGAUAGCAUAGGUAAUAGUAAUUGAACCUUUAUACAACUGUCUUCCAUAGGAUGAAGGAUAUAUUGAUAGAGAAAUAAAGAGUUUAUUCUGAUCACAAUUAAACUAAAAGAUCUUUUUCAGGCUUAUUUACUGCCCAGUACAGAGACCUGUAACUUCCAGUAUAGUGCAUUAUAUCUGAAACAACAUUGAAGCAAUUCCAGUCAAGCCAGCAAAAACCAAUUCUUAAAGAUUGAUGCUACUCACCCAAACCCAUGACCAUGGGCAAACCUUUCUCUCAGUCUCAAGGCGUGACCUUGAGGAGCAUCCUCACUCCAGGGAGGAACCUGCAGAAGGGACACAUGUGCCAUGCACCACUUUGGUGAGGGCAGGAGAAUCCUGCCAUGUGAGGAGGUUUUUAAUUUGUCCUUAGGAAACUGCAGCCUGUUUUUUCUCGGAGUCACAGAAUCUCAGGCUGGGGGAGGCUGGAGGCACCUCUGGAGGUCACCUUGCC